ACGUGCUGACGUGUACCGGAAGACGUGCCACUUGGAUCUGGACUCGCAGAGACAGGACUCGGGCUGUGUUAUUAUUCCUUGUCAGUAAAAAGUGUCCGUCCCGCUGUCGACUGGACUGAGAAACAACAACACGUAUAUCAGAGCAGCCGCGGAACAGGGCGCUGGCGUUCAUGCUAGCUAGCUUUAGCUGUCAGUGCGGCACUGUGAGCUAGCAAGGCUCCGUGUUCCUGUCAGAGCAGCAGCAGCAGCAGCAGCAGCAGCAGCAGCACUGCGGCCAGGUCUCUUGCAUGAGCUUGCUGUUUGUCCAGUGCAGCCAUGGCCAGUCCAAAUGACCUGAAAUUCCAAGAGUUUGAGGAAGCAGCAGAGCUGUUGUCGGCAGACCCCGGAGCCUCCACACUCAGCAUGUCAGGCUCCAGCACUGCCCCGCCUGUAGGAGGAGGAGGAGGAGGGGGAGGAGGAGGUGAGGACGUCAAACUAGACCUGUCAGAAGACGAGGAGGGUGUUGAGGAGAGUUCAGAGCUCUUAGGAGGACCCAAACCAACCAGUGGCUUCUGGACCUUUGAGUACUAUCAGUCAUUCUUCAAUGUGGACACAAUGCAGGUACUGGACAGAGUUAAGGGGUCGGUGAUGCCAUUGCCUGGCAGGAACUUUAUCAAACACCACCUUAGGAAUAACCCAGAUCUAUAUGGUCCAUUCUGGAUCUGUGUGACUCUGGUGUUCUCAGUGGCAAUCAGUGGGAACGUGUCCACCUUCCUGAGGCAGAUGGGAAACCCCACGUACCACUACAGACCAGAGUUCCACAGAGUGACGAUUGCUGCAGCAGUGAUCUUCAUGUAUGCAUGGCUGGUACCACUGGGUAUAUGGGGUUUUCUGACCUGGCGGCAAGGGGCCGAGAGGCAGAUUGGGGGAUACUCCUUCCUAGAGACAGUGUGUGUCUUCGGUUACUCCCUCUUUGUGUACAUCCCCACCUCGGUUUUGUGGAUCAUACCAUUCGAGUGGCUGCACUGGGUCCUGAUCCUGGUUGCCAUGGUGAUCUCUGGCUCUGUCCUGGUCCUCACCUUCUGGCCCGUGGUCCGUGAUGACACCAAGGUGAUGGCAGUUGCUACUGUCGUGACCAUAGUGGUUUUGCACACACUGCUGGCUAUUGGCUGCAAGCUCUACUUUUUCCAUACUGAGGACCAUAAAACGACUCAGGUCUCUACAACCCCUCCCACUCACACAACACUGACCACCAAACCCCACUGACCAAUGGGAACUGGGAGGUGUCUGUUAGUGUGUGUUGGGAGUGGACCCAGAAAAGAAAUGAAGGCGUGAAAGGCCGUCCCACUACUUCUGUUAUGUCUGAUUUGGGAUCACAUGCAGAAUUAAAACACUGCAUAAGACAGCGGUUCAGGCAAUGCUGAUUAUUGCCAUAUUAUGUUCUGGCUAUAUACUAAACUGAUAAAACACUGGGAUGGGCGUGUGGUAGUUUUUUUUAACUUAUGCAGAGGCGGUUUUGCUGUGACUGAAGCCGUACCUGUACUCUGCAAUUGAUUUCAGUUUUGAGGGUUAAUGAUCAGGUGAAUCUCAGCAUGGUUUCCUUGUCACUGUCAAUUGUCAUUUUCCUCAUUUCAUCAGUAAGACUGAAACAAAAGAUAUACAUUUAAUAUAAGAGAAGCAUAUUAUUUACAUGAGAAAGGUCUGCAGGUAUGACUGUAAGCAGAAGGGUCAGAUCUGAAGGGCAAACACAAAUUGCAAAUACACAAAUGCAAAGCAAGUCCAAAUUUAAUAUACAUCACACACACACACACAUAUACACACAUGCAUGUGUGUGUGUAUAUAUAUCUAUCUAUAUCUAUAUCUAUCUACAUAGAUAGAUAUAGAUAUAGAUAUAUAGCAACAGCAGGAAAGCGGUGGGUGGCUGAACAGCUGGUUGCUCCCAAAGGUCCCUUUGAGUAACAUGAAAUUUUUCGACGUGAAAUUUGCAAGGGUGCUUGUUAAUAGUUAUUUUUCCCAAAAGUGAAGCAUUUCAUCCUUUAAUUGUAGCUCUGUGAAACAGUUUCCUCUGGUGCACAGGUGUAGGGAAGCCAGUCAUCCCAGGCUGUUGACCCCCCCUCUGUGAUGGGCAGUGCUGGACAAUGAAUGUGAUUGAUUUACUCAGUACUGGAACUGGAAAUGAGUCCUUGCUCAUCUCUUACAUUACAUCUCACACCUGCAAGACACAUGAGGAGCUGAGCCCCUCCUAUCCUUCACAUACAAAAAGACUUUGGUUGGUUCAUGUGUAUAGAUGAAUUGAGGAAAAGUUUAUGAUUCUAGAACUAUUUAUUCCUUAUUGUGCUGCUACUUGUUUUCUUUUUUGUGAAUAAACUUAGUCUUUAUCCCUUA